AUGCCGGCUCCGUCGCUCAAGCAGUUGGCCACAGCCACGGCCGUCAAACACUUCAGGUUCCUCGAUGAUCUCGGCAGCCUCCCAUACUCACUGGCCCGCCCCAUACUGUUGAAGAUCGACAAUCCGGAGAAACUGCAUUCUCUCGAACUCAAAUCGCCGCAAAUCGCCGAAGAAAACGAGGAAUUAUGGAUGGAGUUCAUCAGGCGCGACAUCCCGCAGUGGGAGACAUACAACCUGCCCAAGAAAACGAAUCAGUGGUAUGAAGUCUAUUGCGGCCUCCGCGACCAGGUGCAGCGAUCGCUGGAUGCCGACGCCGAGAAGAUGAAGAUGGCCAUCGAUGGCAUCAACUCCGAACGGGCCCGACUGACCCCCAAGAUCAUCUCGAGUUCUCGCAGUGCUCGCCUGCCUGGCCAGAGACCAACCGCGAGACAACGCAUGGUCUCCUAUGACCGCCGAAUGGGCGGACUUCCCCCGGGCCAGGCUAUUCCGCGCUCCGAAAUGUUUGCGCCGGCUGCAAAGAAAAGGCCCAGCAUCUUGGCUCCGCAGCGCAGAAACAAUGCACUGGCAGUCCCGACGCAGCAUCUCAACUCCCGUGCCUCGCAAGUGACUCAGGCGCCGCGCGGUUUGGUCGAGGAGCAUCGCCGGCCCGUGGAACAUGCCGAACAGCUUGCUUCGCGCCGCAAAGAACCUGUGGCAUCCGCUGCGUCUGGGCAUCCCAAGCAGCUGGCCUCGUCCACUGCCACCAUGAAAACCUCGUCCACUACCCCGAAGCCGCUGUCCGAUCUUAAGAGCGAUCCCAAAAGCUCUUCACUGGCCCAGAGAGAAGCCAGGUUGAAAGCCCUGACGGGCAGCAGUCCAUUUUCUUUCCCAUCCACCAACACCGUUCGCAAAGUCCCCUGUCCUCCCAAGCAGAACUCAUCGUCGGCCCCGAAACCCGCCGUCAAGCGUCGCGCCGUCUCCCCGCCUCCGCAGGUGGCAUCUACCCCUCGAUCUGAAUCAUCAUAUCAGCCUUCAAAUGAAGCUGCCGUAAGCCCGGACAAGCCGGCGGCUCGCCCACCAAUGCUGCGCAAGCGGAAACCUGACAGCGUCUUCAUCCAGCCCAAGCGAAAGCGGGUCUCGUAG